AUGGCCUUCGGCAAAAAGAAACGCCUGACUCCGCAGGAGCUUGCCCGGCUCUGCAGCUUCGCGCACCCCAUGGGCCUCCGCUGCCCCUAUGCCAGAGUCACCUUGACCAGGGACGGCGCGCGCUUCGCCUCGCCGUUUUGCAAGAUCCACUGCUGCAAGAAGAUUGAUAACGGCGCUGCUUGCACGAAUGUGAAGACCAAUAGCCGAGGAUACUGCACCCAACACCUCCUCUGCACCGGCAUAAUGAACGGCCAACGCUGCACAAACUACGUCAAAUCCUACGACCCCAAGGAAUACCAAUUCUGUGCCCAAUUCCACAACUGCCUCCAACAAGGCUGCAAAAACGAACGCAUCCACCAAGGCGACGUCGACCUCCGCUACUGCCAGGACCACCGCUGCGUCCGGCCAGAUUGCACAUCCCCCCGCGCCCCCGGCGGCAGCACCCACUGCGCCUCGCACACCUGCGCCGCGCCGGCCUGCUUCGCCGCCUGCCCGGGCGCCUCCGGCGACCCCCACGACCCCUCGCGCUUCUGCGACCGCCACCGCAUGUGCCACACCGCCGGCUGCCGGCAGUUCGCCCACGUCCGCGCCGACGGCGUGCCCUCCAAGCACUGCGGCGCGCACUACUGCCGCUGGGAGGCCGAGGGCGGCUGCGACGGGGCCCGGGACCCGAUGAGUGCGGACGGGGUGUGCGGCGCGCAUACGUGUGUCGAGGCGGGCUGUUUGCGGGCGAGGGACCACCGGGAGGAGGGCGCGCAGUGGUGCAAGGAUCACACGUGCAAGAGCCGGGACUGUCGGUGGAGGAGGUGGUUGGGGGAGUAUUGUCGGGAGCAUCAGUGUGGACGGCCGGGAUGUCCGAGACAUGGCGAGCAUAACAACUACUGUGACAGACACCGGGCUUGUACCACGCCAGGAUGUGAUCGGCUCCGGAGGAUUGAUGGGGAGAAUAUCGGUUUGCACUGCGAGGAGCGCUGCGACGUGCGCGUCGUCGACAACACGGAGCUCUGCGCCAGCCACCUCUGCAGCUGGCGGCCCUGCCGCAACGAGCGCGCGCUCUUCGGCUCCGCGCUCUGCGCGCAGCACAAGUGCGCCGUGCCGACGUGCCCGCACCGCCGCACGCACAUGAACUACGACCCUAUGUACGCGGUGCUUGGCGGCGACCGCGCCGCGGAGCUACUCAUGUCGGCGUUCUGCAACGGUCACGCGUGCCGGCACGAGCAGUGCCCGCUGAGGGCUGAGGGCGACACGCACUUCUGUCGGACCCAUGCGCGGUGCCGGCGGCCUGGGUGCACGAGGGUCGUGGAGCUCGAGGGGGAGGAUCCGACGAUUUGUUUGGAGCAUAAUCGGAUGGGGCCGCGGGGGAUGGGCAGGAGAGGGGCACUGGGAGGUGAUCCGUAUGGGAACGGAUAUGGGAACGGGUAUGGUAAUGGGGAUUAUGGGUAUGGAUGGCCUGGUGGCGGCGUUUGGGGUGUGAAUGCUGCCAUUUGA